GUCUUAGCCAUCCUAGCCAAGCUUUAUUUUAUUUUCCAAGUGUCCACUUAAGCACCUUGCGCUCCCAAAACAGCCACAAUUACAAGACCCAUCCAAACAAAUUAUUGUUGAAACAGAAAACUGAAAACUGAAAACCAAAAAAAAAUAUAAAUACAUCAAACAAACUCUUCAUCCAACUCUUCAACGACUCUGACUCGACACCUAAUUGUAAGGGAAGCAAGCAUCAUAACCCCAAGCACACACAGUACCACAGUUACCACCCCGCAUAACUCCUCCUCGACCUCGACCUCGACCCAACGACCCAAUCUGAAUCCGGCGAGAAAAUACCAAACUAAAGUCGACGCUAUCACGAAAGUUCAAACUCGAAUCGCGCCACAAAUCACGGAAAUAAAGCCCGGGAAAGCAAGUGAAUAAAUAGAAACAGAGAGCAGAGGAGUUCUUUAAUCAACAUUUGUUGCCAAUAAACUGUCAUCAUUGCCGCGUUAACAGAAACCACGGCGUCCGCAGCGAUUGCAGCGCUCAGUAUCAGCAGCAGCUCCCAAGCAUCGCUAGCCGUCAACGCCAACGCUAACGCCGCUGCCAACUCCAACUCGCCAGCCACGCCCAUUGCAGCGCCGCCCACAACACCGCCAGCGGUAGCAGAAGCAGCUCCAGUAGUCACAGCUUCCGAAACAGCACCGCCCGGGGCAACGGUAAAAAGCGAGAUCAUCGUAUCCGGCUCCGAAUCGGCCAAGUCCUCCCCUAUACAAGACUUAAUCAUGCAAAUGCAAUUGUUGCACGCACCGCCGUCCACGCAUCCGCAUCCACAUCCGCAUCAGCAUCCGCAUCCGCAGCACCCGGCUACAGCCGCCGCCGCCUACCAGGCCAUGCAGGUGCAUCAGCAUCAACAGCAGCAGCAGCAGCAGCAACAGCAGCAGCAGCACCAGCAGCAGCACGCGGUCUUCCACCAGCAGGUUGCAGCAUUUGCCGCACAACAGCAGCAGCAGCAGCAACAGGCGGCGCAGCAACAGCACCAGGCGCAGCAGCAACUGCACCAGCAGUUCCACUACCAAGCCCAGGCGCAAGCUCAGGCCCAGGCCAUGCUGCAGACGUACAUGCAGUUGCAGGUGAACAGUGCGGUGGCUGCUCCCGCCACGCCCACCAAGCCGGCGCAGCCCUCGCAGGUGCCGGUGCCCGUGCAGGUGCCCGUCUCCGUCUCCGUGCCAGCCGUGCCGGCGCAAUUCUUCGCCGCUCCGAGCACCCCGCUGACGAUCAUUCCGGCGGCGGCGGUGGCCUCCUCGGCCAUGUUCGCCACCGCGGCCACCCCCACCUCGGCGGCCACUACACCGACCAACAAUGUAAAUAAUACAGUUAAUCUAUCUGCCGUAACUAGAACUACUACCACUACUACUAAGAAGCAGCCGCCGGCAGCAGCGGCUGGGAUCCUGGGCGCCGACCCCGCCGACGGGCUGGGACUGGGCUUGGGUGCCGUUGCUCGGGGCGAGGGUGGUGCUGCCUCCCUGCUGGGGUCCGCACCACUGCCCGUGCACCCUCUCCCGCAUCUCCUCCCGUUGAUUGGGGGCGCUCUCGGUUUCAGUAGCGCCAGCAGCGGCUGCAGUUCUGCAUCUUCUGAUUGUUCUAUGCCAUCGCCAACUUCACUACACUUAUCUUCUCCUAAAAAGGUAAGGAUCGAUGAACAAUUUAUAUACAAACUGAACUAUCUGCGCGGAAGCGACGAACUUUUGAGUCAAGCAGCAGUCAUGGCGCCUGCCUCCGACAACAACAACCAGGACCUGGCCACAAAGAAGGCGAAGUUGGAGCCGGGCACCGUGCUGGCCGGCGGAAUCGCCAAGGCCUCCAAAGUCAUCCACUUGCGCAACAUUCCAAACGAGUCCGGCGAGUCGGACGUGAUUGCCCUGGGUAUUCCGUUCGGGCGUGUGACCAACGUGCUGGUGCUCAAGGGCAAGAACCAAGCCUUCAUCGAGAUGGCCGACGAGAUCUCCGCCACCUCGAUGGUAUCCUGCUACACAGUCAAUCCGCCCCAGAUGCGCGGCCGCAUGGUCUACGUGCAGUUCUCCAACCACCGCGAGCUGAAGACGGACCAGAGCCACAAUAACUCGGUUGUCCAGAGCGACUACCGCAUCCAGUCCCCGGCGGGCGGCUCGCCCCUGCCCCUCUGCGCCGCCACCAAUGCCAGCAAUAGCGCGAACAGCUCCGGCGACGGCAACAGCACCGCCGUGGCCAUCUUGCAGAACAACACGAGUGCCGGAAACAACUCCAACUCCGCCGGAGGCCCCAACACAGUGCUGCGCGUGAUCGUCGAGUCGCUGAUGUACCCCGUGUCUCUCGACAUCCUCCACCAGAUCUUCCAGCGCUACGGCAAGGUGCUCAAGAUCGUCACGUUCACAAAGAACAAUUCAUUCCAGGCCCUGAUCCAGUAUCCGGACGCCAACUCCGCCCAGCACGCCAAGUCGCUGCUGGACGGGCAGAACAUCUACAAUGGGUGCUGCACCUUGCGCAUCGACAACAGCAAGCUGACGGCCCUGAACGUGAAGUACAACAACGACAAGUCGCGCGACUUCACGAACCCCGCGCUGCCCCCCGGCGAGCCGGGCGUGGACCUGAUGCCCACUGCCGGCGGCCUGAUGAACACCAACGAUCUGCUGCUGAUCGCCGCCCGGCAGCGGCCCUCCCUAACAGUCAACGGCCUGGGAGCCCCCGGAGUACUGCCGCCGUUCGCCCUCGGCCUGGGCACUCCGCUGACCGGCGGAUACAGCAGCGCCCUGCCCAACUUGGCGUUCUCGCUGGCGAACAGUGGAGCCCUGCAGACAGCCGCUCCGGCCAUGCGGGGCUACUCGAAUGUCCUGCUGGUCUCCAACCUGAACGAGGAGAUGGUCACGCCUGAUGCUCUCUUUACCCUCUUUGGUGUAUACGGCGAUGUGCAACGUGUAAAGAUCCUGUACAACAAGAAGGACUCGGCACUCAUCCAGUUGGCGGAGCCCCAGCAAGCUUAUUUGGCUAUGUCUCACCUUGAUAAAUUACGUUUAUGGGGCAAGCCGAUACGUGUGAUGGCCAGCAAACACCAGGCCGUGCAGCUGCCCAAGGAGGGACAGCCGGACGCCGGACUCACUCGUGACUACUCCCAGAACCCGCUGCACCGCUUCAAGAAGCCCGGCAGCAAAAACUACCAAAACAUUUAUCCGCCAUCGGCGACACUGCAUUUAAGCAACAUUCCCUCUUCCUGCUCCGAGGACGACAUCAAGGAAGCCUUCACCUCGAACAGCUUCGAAGUCAAAGCAUUCAAAUUUUUCCCCAAGGACCGCAAAAUGGCGCUGCUACAACUGUCAUCUGUGGAGGAGGCUGUCCUGGCGCUGAUCAAGAUGCACAACCACCAGCUGUCCGAGUCGAACCAUCUGCGCGUGAGCUUCUCCAAGUCGAACAUCUAGAAUCCGAUCCGUGGUCAGGUUCACUGAACCUGACUGGGUGCAAACGGCAGCUACAUGCACCACCAUCAGCUUCAGAUUUACUGGCAACAAC